AAAAUAAAAUUAAUUAUAAAAAAUCAACAUAAUUUUUCAUACAAAUUACCUGUUUAAAAACUGUGGUCGGACACUUUAAUAAUUUAAAAGAACACCAAUAAAACAAAUCAGCUGUUAUCCGUCAAUCGAUGUCAACAAAAUUACAUAAUUUUGUUUAGAAAAACAGUGCAGUCUCCGUUUUUGAGUGUCAUUUUGAAAUUACCAAACAUGCAGGUUCAAUCUUACAGUUUAUUGGACAAAUUAAUAAAGUAGAAGUUCUCAAAACGGCUCGCAAACAUCCGCGACUUUGUGAUUUUUUUGUAUGAUGUAGUCCAAAAUAAUUUUUAGUUAUGGAUCACAACAAUUUGAUAGAGUGCGGUGGAUUUUAUUUCAUUCAUAAUUUUGACUCUGGGAAUCUCGGGCAUGUAGAGAGGGUGCCCACGGAGCUCAUAGCUCCCAGUGUGAACCCAAAAACAAAUGCAACCGAGACCCCAGACUAUGAGUUCAACUUGUGGACUCGUCCGGACUGCGCUGGCACGGAGUUCGAGAAUGGGAAUCGAACAUGGUUCUAUUUUGGAGUGCAGGCUAGUGAGCCUAAUGUAUUGGUGCGGCUAAAUCUUAUAAACCUAAAUAAACAAGCAAAGAUGUACAACCAAGGCAUGGCUCCAGUCACUCGGACAUUGCCUGGGAAGCCUCAGUGGGAGAGGAUCAGGGAUCGUCCUGUACAUUCGACUGAUGACAACACCUUCACGUUAAGUUUCAAAUAUCGUACUUCAGAGAAUAUGAAGGCUACAACAUUUUUCGCAUUCACAUAUCCAUUCUCCUUUGCUGAGCUCCAAAUAGCUCUGAAUUCUAUUGAUAUGAAGAUGCUUCCUCUGCCACCACCUCAGUCCCUAGAUGACAUUUACUAUUACAGAGAAUGUCUCAUCUAUUCACUUGAAGGAAGACGUGUCGAUUUGUUAACGAUAACUUCACAUCACGGUAUCACAACAGAAAAGGAGGAGAGGCUCAAGAAUCUUUUCCCAGAAAACCAAGAACGACCUUUUAAGUUCCAGAAUAAAAAGAUAAUCUUCAUAUCGGCGCGAGUGCACCCCGGUGAAACACCUUCAAGUUUCGUUUUCAACGGUUUCCUCAAUCUCCUACUAAACCGGAACGAUCCGAUCGCGGUCCAGCUACGGAAGCACUACGUGUUCAAGAUGAUCCCCUUCCUAAACCCAGACGGGGUCGCGAGGGGCCACUAUCGGACGGACACGCGGGGAGUCAACUUGAACAGGGUCUAUUUGAACCCAUCGCUGGUCUAUCACCCCACUGUGUACGCUUCGAGAGCGCUAAUAAGGUACUACCAUUUUGGCUGUGAAAAAGAAGACAUCAUCGAAGAUAGCAAAAGCUUCACGUCACGGAGUAUACAGAACAUCAGCGAAAGUGCAGAGCUACUAGACGCAAAGAAGAAGAAAUCCUCAAACGCCUCCACGUUCAAAGGCAACGAGUUCAAACGCGAGAAGUCGGGCAAGUCCACGACCAGCACCAAGUCUUCCACCACCAUCAAGCAACCAUCUUCAGAAAGCGCGAGGAAGCAAGACAGCAAGAACCUAAGCGGGGAGGCCGCGCACUUAGCGGAACAAGUCUACGACAUGAAACUCCAAGAGAUGCCGUCCCAAACAUCGGACACCUCGUCCAAGCCCUCCAACACUAACAUCGCGGAGACGGCCUCGCUUCUCAACGACAACAUGCUGCGAACGUGUCUCGGCUCCAACGUCCACCUCAGCACGAGCGAAGAGCUGAACUUUCAAGGAUCCAACCCGCUCCGGCCGCUAAGGGAUACCUUGAAGAAUUCCAUCAGUUUGCUGAUGGAAUCUAACUCGUCGGUUACUGGGGACAGCUCGCUAGGCGGCAAAGAAUCGCGGCUGUCCAACGUACGCAUGGGCUGGUGCCAGGAGUGCCGGCGCGCCGUCAGCGAGCUGGAGGACACCAUGCCCGGCAUCGCCGCCAUGGUGCCCGGCUACAGCGCCUCCCUGCUGCGUCAAGACAGUCUCAAAAGUCACAACAUUGAGGAAUACAGGGAACAUCAAAAGCAGCAGAUUGACGAACAAGAACGAUCCAUGCACGAAGUCGAACCUGGUGAGAAGGACGACACGAUUUAUUUCUGCACUAACUGCUUCAAGAAAUAUGUCAUCACAGAAUAUAACGAGGAAGUUAAGCUGUGUGACGCGGUGUCGACGGCCAGCGUGGCGGUGUCGGCGGGCGACAGCGGCGAGCCGCACGCGCACGACGCCAAGCACGCGCCGCCGCCGCCCGACCCGCCCGUGCAAGUGUCGCCGCCCCAAAAGGACGACAAGUCCAAGCCGGCCGCCAAGAAAGCGGCAAAGAAACCGCCGCCCGCGCCCGCGCCGCGCCCGCCGCCGCGCGAGCCGGAAUCCGGCCUGUAUCUCUACAUCGACCUGCAUGGACACGCCUCUAAGAAAGGCAUCUUCAUGUACGGCAACCACUUCGAGGACGUGGACAGCUCGGUGGAGUGCAUGCUGCUGCCGCGCAUCAUGUCGCUCAACAACCUGCACUUCCACUUCUCCUCCUGCAACUUCACCGAGCGCAACAUGUACCUCAAGGACCGUCGCGAUGGCAUGUCCCGCGAAGGCUCCGGCCGAGUGGCCGUCCUAAAGGCCACCGGCCUCGUCCGCUCCUACACGCUAGAAUGCAACUACAACACGGGCCGGCUGGUCAACGUGCUGCCGCCGACGGUGCGGGACGGGCCGGGCGCGCCCGCCGCCGCGCCAAUGCCGCCCAAGUAUACGCCGCACAUCUUCGAAGAGGUAAACCCGUUCCAGGUAAGACACGGUCGGGCAAAGAAUCUGGAGUAUUUCCGCGAGAUAUCGCCCGUCGAGGUGGGCCGGUCGCUGGGCGCGUCGAUCCUGGACCUGACGGGCGCGCACCCAAACUCACGCAUCCCGUGCUCCGAGCACCGCAACCUCAGCGCCGUGCGCGAGUGGCUGCGCGCACACACGCGCACCAUGCGACCGCAGUUGACCAUGUCCCGAUUACGGCCUAAGACGUCAUCUCCCACGCGAGUGCCGCUCUACGCCCGCUCCAAAGCCAAGGUGACGGACGAACGGAAAGAAAACACCUACGUCGGAGCGAAAACCGACUCGGAGAGGAAGCGCAGCCCGCCCGUGCUGGCUCAGCGAUCCGGUCACGACAUCAUCAACGUAAACAUGAAGUUCGCCAAGAAGAACGAACCCGUGAAAACGCCCUCGCGAACACGUUACUUGUCUGAGAACGAGCCCAAGCCGAAGACGCUGUCCACCAAACGGCGCAAUAUUUUAGCCAUUCGCAAGCCGAACUCGAGUAAGACUCAAGUGGGCGGGGUCGUAAAAGCGAAGGUGAGCCGUCGCUCCGCCGACGACGCGUCGAGCCCGCGCGCGUCUCUAGUGUCAGCCAAGCUGAGCAAGCGCAGUUUCUCGCGCUCGGUCCGCAACCGCUGCCGCGCCAUGGCCUCUUCCUCCUCCGACGACAUGCUAGGAGCUUGGGAGGACGUAGCUGGUGGUACUGCUUUGGCUGCUCAUCCCGAAGCUCUGCCAUUAGGUGCCAAGCGCCGGCCGUUAUCAAACCCGCCGCCGCCGCAUCUUAAAAAGAUCCGCCUCAAGACCGGCUUGUAGCGCCGCCCGCGCGCCCGCCCCGCCCCCGCCGCGCCCGCCGCCGCUCCGUCUACGUCACGCUCGUGAGCACGUCACGGCUGGAGCGGGAAGCGCGACCGUCUGAUGAUUUCUACGCUGACCGCAAUUUAACGAAUUUCGGGACGUGCGUGUAAGCAUUUUUCAAUAUAUUUGUAGAAUGCUGACACACACUUCAUUUAAAAUUCACGGUCAAGUGGUUUAGGAAAUGUGGAAGCCUACAAAUCGUUGAGAUGAUCUCGCUUUCGUUGAACCAUCUUCGGGCUAUUCGGCGGGCAUCGGUGCUGAACUUUCUUGCUCCCUAAUCAAACUUCAGAAUAGUUUUGGAAUUAUUUGAUUGGGACUGGGGCGAGGAAAGCCAACGCGGCCGCGGGCUUAACUCCUGUAUCGGAUUGUAUAAUCGGUGCACGAAUCGACUCGAAAACGGGUUAAUUGAUAAAAAAAACACGUAAAAUGUUAACGGAUUAAAUGAAGUGUGCGUUUUAUACAAUCUGAAUCGAACCUCGUCUACUAUCGCGUCGGGUGCCGGGACACUUUAUUGAAGAGAAUAAAUUCCGCAGUGCACGGAAGAUAUGUCGUCGCCUCUCGUACCUUAUACCACUAAAAUGUCAUAAAUUGUUCUUUUAACACAGUUUAAAUACAAGUGGAAUACAUUUUCUGUUUUGUCAACUAUUUCGUGGCAUACGAUACGAGAUUGGGACGAUGAUUUGUUGAUCUUGUAAAUUAUUUGUUGUCUAUUUGGAAUUCGACGAUUAUCCGACUGAUCUUGAACGAAAUUGUUGUGUUCUAUAAGCAUAAUUUAUGUGAAAUUUUUGUAAACAGUCUUUAUAGUUUUUACGUUCCUGAUUUUAUCAUGUAAAUUUUAAUAGAGAAUUAACUUUCUUAUACAAUUUUAUAAUUAACGAUGCUUUAAAAGACAUUUUCAAAUAUAGGGUUAAUUAUACAUUUGUGGUAAAUUUAAAGGUGUAUUAAGAUAACUGGAUGUAUUAUAGUGUGCUCAUGGAGCCGUGUUUUCAAAACUAUUGAUCUCAUUUAAGAAAAUUAGCGAAAUGCCGGCUGUCGUGCGCAGUCGCCGCGGCCCCGCAAACAGGCUCGAGAAACACGCUCGUGUGAUAUCAUUAUUAUAGCUGUUAAAUAAAAUAAUAUAUUAUAAUGGUUCUUUUAGAAUUAAUAUUUACUCUGUUAAAUAUUUCCACGAAUGUAGGACCUCCUCGAGGGCGGCCCUCACCGAACACCCAUUAGAGUGCAAUAAUUUUAUAAUAUAGAGGUAGAAUGUAUUUGUAACUUGGUUUUAUAAAAAUUUUAUGUAU